AAUUCGGUCAGCAAUGGACACCGAGCUGAUCCUCGAACCGCCAGACGCGCCGGACGUCGUUGUCGACGAGAGCGACCAUCACUCCAAGACCCCAGAGGACCCAGGCACAACCGUCGCGGAUGCGGUCAACGAUGUGGCUCUGGCCGCCGCCUCCGUCCCCAUGGGUCGUCGACGCGGCCGCGGGCGAGACAAGACCGAGGCGGCCAUAGCGUUGCCCAGCUUCAUCUGGGACUAUUUCGUGAAAGACGCGAGCGGCAAGUUCGUCAUCUGCACGUUGUGCCCCGCACAGACCACGCGCUUCGCCUAUUCGGGUGGAACUAGCACCAUGAACCGCCAUUUAAGAAAGAAACACCAGAAAUACGCGCCGGGUAAGUGCGCAGCAGACUACGAGUACCCGAGAGGGGUCCAUCGACGCCCAGUUCAGCUCCAGGCGAUCACAUCGCCCGCUGCCACGUCAUCAGCCAAUGCUGCUGGCUCUGGUCUCCUAAUGUCGGCGGAUACUGCGGGUGUGUUAGGCACGUUGUCUCCUAGCGAUCCACUGGGCAGCAAGCAGAGGCAUCAGCUCAUAGAGCUAAGGACAGCGAGAAGACGGGCAGCAAGUGGAGGCGCAGCAGCUAAACGAAGGAAAGUCGUGGAUCAGACGGAACAAGCCGCGUCGUUGACGGUCGCAGGGACGGAAUUUGACCCCUCGGGCUUCGUAACGCUACCAGGAGGCUCCACAGCCACUGCGACGUCGGGGGCGUUGCAGUUCCCCGCAGGUUUUGAGCUCAAUGACGCGGCAAUUGAGAUGGCCGGCGUUGGGUUGGAUCAGAGAUUCUUUGACUAUUCUACACUCACAGGGACAUCGAGUACAGGACUUCGAGGACGACGACACAGCUCCAGUAUCAGCGGGACUAGUGGCGGGAAUGCCAAUAGCGCAGCGAAUCAGAAGAUCCUGACGCAUCGACUGUUGAAAUACCUGAUCGCACAGUACGAGCCCUUGGAUGUCUCUCAUAUGGGAGCAGAGCUGAGUAUGCUGCUCUUUGGAGGGUCGACAGAGUGGCCCGGACUAAACUUUGGAUACGGAGGAACUCUGGGAUUUGGUUUGAAUGGAUCUGUGCCUAAACUCCCGUCAGAAGACACGAUCAAAUUGGCUCUCGCUAAUCUGUAUUAUUCACAGCGGGAGAUACUAAAGGAGGUUAUGGCUGACGUGGAAGUUCUGAGUCUGUCGCUGAAUAACUGGACGUCAGUGUUUGGCCAGAAUGUGCUCACAGUCAGUGGACACUGGAUCUCUCGUGGCUUUCGACGUCGUGACUGUGUGCUGGAAGUGUAUGUGUUGCCGCUGGAUGAGCGUGUCAACACCAUCGCACUGCUUCGAGAUGUCAUGGAUAAGUGGGAGAUCCCGUCGUCCAAAGUUGCAGCGCUGACGAUGCGUCCACACACGUCGACUACUAAUACGGCACAAGAGGAGGAUAACGACAGUCCGAGGACAAUGGCACAGGCACAGGCAGAAGCUGAGGCGGAGGCUACUGCAAUUCAUAGUGAAUAUCCUGGGUUGGCCGUCGUCAGAUGCUUUGUAGAAGAGCUCGAGGGAGCUGUGUCGACUGGGUUACGUGAGUGCGCUGAUCUUACGCGUAGAUGUCGGAACUACGUGUCAUAUUUCAUACAAAACCCGUCUGAGUACCAGAUUUUCCUCGCUUUACAACGCAGUAUGGGUGAAGAGGCCUGUGCUGCCUCGGCAGCGUCAACACAGACAGCAUCCAUGGCAGCCACAGCGGACGGCGUUAGUGUGAGCGUCGCUGAGAGUGGAAACACUACGAUAGGGGAUGAACUGGACGGGGUCAAGGAAGGACAGAACGCAGACGCAGCUACAGACGACACCGCAUCUUCUGCUCAGAGCUCAAGCUCUACAUCAACGGCCAGCGGCUCGAAUGGCAACAUCGGCGAGUCUUUGCCCGUGAUCUGCGACUUUGACGACCGCUGGAACUCCACAACUCAAAUGAUGUGUCGAAUUGUGGAGCUGGAGUUAAUGCUGCUACGGUACAAGACUGGCCUGGAAAGCGAUACGAACCCUGCUCGCAGACCCAUGCAGCUUCGCUUUGUGUGUUGUGAAUUGUCUCCUGAGGAGUGGGCGUCGUUGAAACAACUUGCUCGAUUAUUGGACCCUAUCGAAGGUUUGGUACACGUUUCGCCACUCGCGUAUCCUGGGUUAUCGAUCGUGUAUCCGCUCUUACACUCGUUGAAGAAACACUUGGCCGAUGCUGGUACUUGGGUCACGGACCCGCUGGUUGCAACUGUACGCCAUACUAUCGUCAACAACCUUAAUAUGGACUUGUGUUCGUCAGGCGAGGCCCCAUCAUCGCCGUAUUUGUCGUGUCUACUGGACCCACGCUUUAAGUCUCUGCCGUUCUUACCAGUUUCAGAGAAGGAGCGAUUGGUGGAAUCGCUCUACUUGCUCCUUGGAGUAAACGACAAGGACGACGUUGAUGUGGAUCAACAUGAUCCAACGACCGAAGAAGACCAAACGGAUGAACACAAAAAGCAGAACCAGAGUGCAAAAACUCCCAGUGGCUCCGCCACAAACGCGAAAAAGGCUGCAGCUUUGUUGCAUGAGUUUUUCCCGCUUGACGAGCCUGCGACUGAGCUUGACAAGCUGAAAACGCAAGUGCAACAAUAUCUAGACUCGCCGUCCUUACCAGCGACGGACGAGAGCGAGCAUGACCCGUUGGAGUGGUGGAGUCGAUAUCAGCGUUUAUUCCCGUCGCUGGCUCGAUUGGCUAAAAAAUACCUGUGUAUCAGUGCUGUUUCAACACCAUUUCAAGAAGCUUUUACGAGUUAUGGCCAGUUGAUGAGGGAGAAGAAAGCGCGACUGGACAUCGAAGUGGCAGCGCAAGUGCUCUUCUGUCGUAGCGUUUCGAGGAUCCCGGAGAUGGAACGCAUCGGUGUGUAAGGAAUGCUAUGCUUUUACCAUUGCUUGGUGCUGGAAUUCUGUUUUAACGGGUAUCAACCGAUUGUCAUUUUCGUUAAAUAUCGACAAUUCCUCAUUUCGAACCUACCUUUGGGCUAGAUGAGGGACAUUUAAACACUUUUUACUCGCUACAAUGCUACAGAAACUCACAAAAACACAGGAAACGAUCGAUACUUCACUUGUAGAACUUGCUCAUGACGCGGAAGACGCACUUGUCGACAUUUUCGGCGAUUCGUUGCCACACGCUGCGUCGGUUGGACUUUGCUGCGUACGAAAAGUCCCACGAAUCAUCGAAGACGAAGUCACCACGUCGAGUGGACAUCGCUGGCGUAGUGUGUCGAGUCCAGACGCCUUCGUUCGUCGGCUUGGGUCGCUCGGGGCCCAUGGACUGCGCAAACCGGUUCACUGGAGACGCCGGCAAUGCACUGAGCGACGAGAUCGAGAUGGAACCGCUGCGUGCUCGAGGCAUUUUGCCUCGGCGAGACUUGUAUGGCUGUUGGGCAGCACAGUGGUGCACUUGGCGGCUGCUUAAGAAAGGAUAGUUGGGGUCGUUGCUCAUGCUGAAACGUGCGUCAACCACGAAGUAGCGGGGCAUCUGUGGUAGUUAAGGAUGUUGCUUUGGAGUUGGCGGAUUGGAAUGUGAAGUGGCUUAUAGUUUGUCUGAGGUCACGCUGGACUGCCUUGUGUUUGAGAUCUCGCUUCUGUGGAGUGGUGGAUGAUGCACGACAGGCUAGAUGAGAUCAAUCCAGCGAGAAUGCAGAGAAUGCUGCAACUGGCUGCUUAGCUCGAAUCUGCUGAAAGCGAUCUCCAGUAUCAGCCGACUCUAUUUGGGUGGCCCAUGCUACAAUUUCGAAUCUGGUGCUUGUGGGUGAACCACGGCGCAGCUUCACGUUUGCUACUGCUGAUUUUCAGCAUCUGCAGAAUAUCUUACGAACG